GGGCAAAGCCUUCCCCACAGACUGAGGUCAACCUGGUAGACUCAGUCCAGGUAGGUCUAGUCCCCUCCUCCCAGGCCGAGCCAAACAAUCCUGCAUAGGCCCCAGGUUUCAAACAGCCAACUCAUGCAAUGAGCACAAGAUCUGGUCCCACUGCCGAGAACCCGAGAUUUUAAAUGCGGCAGCCUGACUCCCUGUGGCUGUCCAUGUGCAGACAUGGCUUGUUUCUCCCCAUUCUCUUCGGCAAACAGUCAGACACUAACCCAGGAACUUUGCCAACCACCUUCCCAGGCUUCCCGAAACUCGCUCACACGGAAUUGUGGGAAAUGUAGUCUCGCCCACGGCGACGUCACAAACAAGGACUCUGGGAAGGGCGCUUCCGCGUUCCUUCUGCGCCUGUGCGUUCUGCUCUCUGGCCGUCUUCUCCAAAGUUGGGCCAGUGUCGCGGGUCCUCUUGGCGCUCUGGUAGCAUCUCUGACAUGGAGGGACUGCUCUCCUUCAGGGAUGUGGCCAUUGAUUUCUCUGCAGAGGAGUGUGAAUGCCUGGACCUUGCUCAGUGGAAUCUGUACAGGGAUGUGAUGCUGGAGAAUUACAGCAACCUUGUGUUCCUGGGUCUAGCUUUUUCUAAGCCAUAUUUGGUGACAUUUCUCGAGCAAAGAAAAGAGCCGUGGAAUGUGAAGGGACCAGCACCAGCUGCUGUAUACCCAGAAAUAAAACCUUAUAAAUUUAAAGAAUGUGGCAAGACCUUUCCUUGGAAUUCACUUCUUAUUCAACACCAUAAAGCUCACCCUGGAGAAAAACUUUACAAAUGUGGUGAAUGUGGCAAGGCCUUUAAUGUUCGCUCAACACUUUAUAAACACCAUAGAAUUCAUACUGGAGAGAAACCCUACAAAUGCAAAGAAUGUGGCAAAGGUUUUACAUGCUCUUCAAGCCUUAACCAACACCACAGAAUUCAUACUGGAGAGAAACCCUACAAAUGUCAGUGUGGCAAAGCCUUUAAUAAUUCUUCAGCUCUCACUCAGCACCAAAGAAUUCAUACUGGAGAAAGACCAUACAAGUGUGAAGAAUGUGGCAAAGCCUUUAAUAAUUGCUCAGCCCGUACACGACACCAAAGAAUUCACACUGGAGAGAGACCCUACAGAUGUGCAGCUUGUGGCAAGACCUUCAAUUUUCCCACAUCACUUUCUCAACAUCAGAGAAUUCAUACUGGAGAGAAACCCUACAAAUGUGAAGAAUGCGGCAAAGCCUUUAACUGUUCUUCACAUCUUAAACAGCACCGAAUUAUUCAUACUGGAAAGAAACCCUACAAAUGUAAAGAAUGUGACAAAGCUUUUAACUGUUCUUCAAGUCUUAACCAACACCGUAGAAUUCACACUGGUGAGAAACGCUACAUAUGUGAGGAAUGCGGCAAAGCCUUUAAUAAUUGUUCAGCUCUUACUCAACACCAAAGAAUCCAUAGUGGAGAGAAACCCUUCAAGUGUGAAGAAUGUGGCAAAGCCUUUUAUAAUUGCUCGGCCCUCUCUCGACACCACAAGAUUCAUACUGGAGAAAAACCCUUCAAAUGUGCAGAUUGUGGCAAAGCUUUUAUUUUUCGCUCAUCACUUUCUCAGCACCAGAGAAUUCACACUGGAGAGAAACCCUACAAAUGCAAAGAAUGUGGGAAAGCCUUUAACUGUUCUUCACACCUUAACCAACAUGGAAGAAUUCACAGUGGAGAGAAACCUUAUAAAUGUGAAGAGUGUGGCCAGACGUUUAUCUGUUCAUCAUACCUACAUAAGCAUCAGAAGAUUCAUACUAUUGAGAAACUCUAUGAAUGCAAAGAAUGUGGUAAAGCCUUUAGCUGUUCUUCAUACCUUAAAUAUCACCAGAGAUUUCAUACUGGGGGGAAAUCUUACACAUGCAAAGAAUGUGACAAAACCUUUAGGUCCUCUUCAUACCUUAGGAAUCAUCAGAGAUUUCAUACUGGAGAGAAACCCUACACAUGCAAAGACUGUGGCAAAGCCUUUGUUAAUUCUUCAAGCCUUCUUGUACACCAAAGAAUUCAUACUGGAGAGAAACCAUACAAGUGCAAAGAAUGUGGCAAGGCCUUUCGGUGUUCUUCUUAUUUUAAGUAUCAUCAGAGACUUCAUACUGGAGAGAAACCCUAUACAUGCAAAGACUGUGGCAAAGCCUUUGCUAAAUCUUCAUGUCUUAUUCUACACCAAAGAAUUCACACCGGGGAAAAACCCUACAAAUGUGCAGAGUGUGGCCAGGCCUUUAUCUGUUCCUCAUACCUGAGGAAGCAUCAGAGAAUCCAUACUGGGGCAUGGAGUUCCAAAGAGUGAAGACACAAGAAAGAGGAUAUGCUAAGAACACCCAAGAGCCAAGGCCUUGCUGCCACUGGAGGACAGGUACCUGCUGAACUUCCAGAAAGCCAUUAGUCAAAGCUUUACCCGGAAGACAGCCUAUUUGUAGGAUGUGUCCUUAAGAAGAAAAUCUGUGCUGCCCAAGAAAACAAGUUUAGGGCAAUCUAUAAGCAGUCUUGAACACAUUGGCACAGGAGACCUCUUCCUAACUAUAACACCAGUAGCACGGACACUGAGAGCAACAAUUAAUAAAUGGAACUUCCUGAAACUGAGAAGCUUUUGUAGGGCAAAGGACACGGUCAAUGAGACAAAACAACAGUCUACAGAAUGGGAAAAGAUCUUCACCAACCCCACAUCUGACAGAGGACUGAUAUCCAGAAUAUGUAAAGAACUCAAGAAACUGACAUCAAAAUACCUAACAGUCCAAUUAAAAAAUGGGCUACAGAGCUAAACAGAGAAUUCUCAACAGAAGACUCUCAAAUGGCUGAAAGACAUUUAAGGAAUUUCUCAACAUCCUUAGUCAUCAGGGAAAUGCAAAUCAAAACGACUCUGAGAUACCAUCUUACACCUGUCAGAAUGGCUAUGAUCAAAAAUACUGAUGACAGCUUAUGUUGGAGAGGAUACAGAGCAAGGGAAACACUCCUCCACUGUUGGUGGGAGUACAAACUUGUACAGCUACUUUGAAAAUCAGUAUGGCAGUUUCUCAGAAAAUUGGGAAUCAAUCUACCUCAAGACCCAGCUAUACCACUCUUGGGCAUAUACACAAGGAACGCUCAAUCAUAUCACAAGGACACAUGUUCAACAAUGUUCAUAGCAGCAUUAUUUGUAAUAGCCAGAACCUGGAAACAACCUAGAUGCCCCUCAACUGAAGAAUAGAUAAAGAAAAUGUGGCACAUAUACACAAUGGAGUACUACUCCAGACUGAAAAAACAAUGUCAUCAUGAAAUUUGCAGGCAAAUGAAUGGAACUGGAAAAUAUCAUCCUGAGUGAGGCAACCCAGACUCAGAAGGACAAACAUGGUGAUAACAGAUAUUGAUGCCCCUGAAGAGAUCUGCUAAGGCCUCCCGGAAAAAAGAAUCUACACAGAUUAAGGGAGCAGAUGAGGAGGAGGAGGCUAAAACAGGACCAAUGCUAGACACCUGGCUUAUUCUUAGUCUUGCCUGGGUAAGUCUUGGAUUGAUGGUGAUAGGAGAUAUGGAUGAUAGAUAGAUGCAUGCAUUCAUGAAUAUAUAUAUAUGUGUGUGUGUGUGUGUGUGUCUGCAUAAUAGAAUGAAUAUAUUCCAUAUGAACGCAUUUCUGCACGUACAUCAAUGUAUCUCCUCUUUGUCAUUAUGUAUUGGACAUGCCACUCUCUGUUCUGAGGGAAAAAGACCAACGGAAGUCUUCUUCCAAUUAGAGCGAUCACUCGGUGUAGAAAGGGAAAUCCCUAGCACCGUAGAGAGCUAGGAUGCACCACUGAGGAUGAAGACAGCCUUCAAAUCUCUCCACUCCCUGCACCAGCCUUUAGGGAGCUUUGUCCCCUCCCUGGGCUCCUGAUUUACAUUUCCUUAGAGCGUGUGCUUUAAAAUCAAAUUAUAAAUUAUUUCUAUACCACUUUGAAAUGUAAUUUGAUAAAAUGGAUCUCAUCAGUUCUACAGCUGAAGAAUGUCUCUCUCGAACUUGGGAUUCACCUUCUGGAAUAUAAUGAAAAGAUGAAAGCAGGGUCUUGUCUUCCAGUGUCUUCAAAGAGUGGGAACCAAAGUUCAGCCAAGCACCUUGCUUCCGGUGGAGCUACCUUUGCACAGGAAGGUCAGAGAAAGCUGACUUUUCUUUUGAAGAUACCCAAUUAGAAAACACAGAUGGCUCACGUUCUGCUUGACUGCAGCUACUAAAGUUUCUGCUGGCUUUUCUUCCAGCAGAGUUAAAUUCAAACUACACUCUGGUUGUUACUACAGUGGACAUGGAUAAAGUCUUCCGUGGCUGUUUAACUUUUCCAGUGUAAUCUUUGCUUUGACUGCCUAUUAAUAUUGUUAAAAGUGCUUACUUCUAAACACAGGCAAAAUACAGUCGGAGAAUAACAUAAGUAACACAGUGAAUCUACCACAGUCACUCAAUAAAUGCUGACACUUUGCUGAAGAUCCUCGGUGUUCCUCUCCAGUUUCCUUUCCAGGGGUCAUGGCCAUAAUGGACCCGGGGAGCAGCUGCUGGUCACUAGGAAAAGGAAGAGAAAGAUGCAGACACAAACUCCAUGGUGCUGGUUAAAGAGCCAGAGCAAUGUUUAUUUUCCACAUGUCCGAUAUCAGGGCUUACUUUCCUUGGGAGAGAUACCAUGACAGGCUUCCCACUGGAGCAGUUCCUCUUAGCAACUUGCCUCUUGGGUUUGGAGCCUCAGGAUCACCCUGGGGUGAAAACAGCCCCAUCCCUUUUCUGUCUGAGUACAGCUCAGUGCAGAUUCUGGGUUGUCCAUUGAAUGGAAUUUUCCUAUUUCCUAAUUAAUGAGAGACAGAAGUAAAAAACAUUGUUCCUAGAUUGAAGUCAACAUGUUUUUCAUUUUAAAAAUAGUCCCAAACAUAAACAUAUCCACUAAGUUUUGAUCAGAUACUGUGUGCUCUGCCUAGAGGCAAUGUUUACCACAGAGCUUGUUGUUUACCAGAAGUAGAAUCCAUGGGUUGGGAAUGUGUGAAUCUAUAUUUGAGAGACAAAGCUUGGGACCCGAGAGACCCAGGCAGAUCUCUAAGUUGGUCAUCAAUGAAUACCAGGUUUAGUUGAUGAUGAGAACUUUGACCUUUCUGAAAUUGAAUACUGUGGUCUUGGUGAAAUCUUUGAAACUUUCUGUGGAGAAUGGCUCAUCUCUAAGAAAGUCUACAUUCUUAUUCUUUACUGAUACAUUAUGCUUAUCAUUUGUUCCCAUCAAGUCCUCUCAAGUUUAGCUGCAUGGAGACUUACUGGGAGUCCCUGUACAUACAGAAAACCCCCUAACACAAUGGCCAUAUCAAUAUCAGCACCUUUUAUUCCACUUUUUUCAUAUAGUUUUCUAGAUUCUACUGACUGGAAUAUUUGGAGGGGGAAGUGUGAGGAAAUGGGGUGUCCAGCCUGUAGUGCUGUGGAAUGUCAUUCUGUGUGCUGUGAAUAUGUGAUGCUCUGAUUGGUUGAUAAAUAAAAUGCUGAUUGGCCAGUAGCCAGGCAGGAAGUAUGGGCAGGGUAAGCAGACAAGGGGAAUUCUGGGAAGAGGAAGAGCUGAGUCAGGAGUCACUAGCCAGACACAGAGGAAGCAAGAUGUGAAGGCAGAAUUGAGAAAAGGUACCAAGCCACGUGGCUAAACAUAGAUAAGAAUUAUGGAUUAAUUUUAAGUGUAAGAGCUAGUCAGUAACAAGUCCUAGCUAAUGGCUGAGCAGUUAUAAAUAAUAUUAAGCCUCUGUAUGUUUACUUGGGGGACACAAGUGGGAGAGAUUUGUCUGGACCAUGCGGGCUGGGAAGGACACUGGAAACCUUCCAACUACACUGUAGUCUUUGUUUUCCAUCUUUGUUCAGGGGCUCUGGGCUUCUCUUAAGAGAAGGGGAUUACUUAAUUACCCAGGAGCAUUAUCAAUGUUUAAUGAUCUCUUUUGUUGGUCUUUCCUUAUACCCCACCCUGCAUUUCUAAGCCAGUUUCCAUUAAAAAAAAUCAUGUAUUUUGGGAACAGUAUGCAUAUAUCCCACAUUUAUUUGCAACAUAGUGUCAUAAAUUUAGGCUUUACAAAGUCUAGUUGUGUCUUUGUGUUAAUCAGAUUUUCUUCACUCUAACCAAACUCCUGUCAGAAAGAACUUCAGGGAGGAAAUGUUUCAGAGGCUUUGGCUCAUCGUGGUAAGGAGGACAUAGUGGACAGAGCAGCUCAUGUCAUGGCAGCCAGGAAGCAGAGUGGAGCAAUAACAGGAAGCAGAGUGGAGCAAUAACAGGAAACAGAGUGGAGCAAUAACAGGAAGCAGAGUGGAGCAAUAACAGGAAGCAGAGUGGAGCACUAACAGGAAGUAGGGUGGAGUAGUAACAGGAAGCAGGGUAGAGCAGUAACAGGAAGCAGGGUGGAGCAGUAACAGGAAGCAGGGUAGAGCAGUAACAGGAAGCAGAAUGGAGCAGUAACAGGAAGCAGGGUGGAGCAGUAACAGGAAGCAGGGUAGAGCAGUAACAGGAAGCAGAAUGGAGCAGUAACAGGAAGCAGGGUGGAGCAGUAACAGGAAGCAGGGUGGAACAGUAACAGGAAGGUACCAGGGGAAAAUAUGUCCCCAAAGAUACGUAAACAGUGAUCUAAUUCCUGUAUGCACAUGUGAACAUAUCCACAAACAUACAUACAUGGAAUGCAAACCUAUAUCCACAUGUACCCAGACACACACACACACACACACACACACACACACACACGUACACAUGCCCCCCAAACAAAACCAAAACCAAACUCAGUGAACAAACAGUACUGCUUGACCCAGAGCCCUGGUCGUGUGUCUCUGGGAGACAUCCCAUAGACACAUGCACAGCAGUGGCUUAUCAUCUCUGCGCCUCUUAAUGCAAUCAGGGAGGCAGUCGAGAUGAACCAUCACAACGUCACUCACCAAGAGCUGGAGACAUGAAAGACCCCAGCCUAUGAACCCUUGAGGGGCUGGCAACUACUGGCCCAGAUCGUCAGCUCAGUUGCCUUUGGAAGCAGAAGUUCCGGAAAAUUCAUGUUUAUAGUCACCUGAAAACCACAUUCUACAGCAUCUCCAGGAUCCAAAGGAAGGAGAUUCUGUGAAAAUGUGAGAAUUAUCUGUCACCCCUGAGACUUUCAUAGACUGUUUCUCAUCCUCUUGGUCAUCAGUAAUCUUCAAGUGUGGUGCCCAGAAUUAGUAAGUAACUAAUGCUUAAAGGCCUACUAAUCUUAUCUUUAAGCAAUCCUAUCUUAAUUCUUAUUUCAUUAGAAAACUUGCAUUUAAAUGUGUACAGCCAACAUAGUCAUGGCAGGACACUUAAAAUCCAAGAAUUGCCAUAGACAAGCCUAAUUAUAUCUAGUAAUUGCUAGAUGUUAUUUUAAUUAAACUAUUUUCCUAUAUAAACACCAACUUUUUUUUUUUUUAGCUCUUCUUUUUAGGGCUAUAAGACCUUACUCAUUUUAAUUUCAUGUUUUGGUUUUUGAUUAUUAGCCUAGUCCUCGUGUUUCUUGAUUGUCACAGAAUUGAACUCAUAUUUCCUAGCAGUUCCCCAAUUCCUUAAUUCUAAAGUAUGAUACAUUCUGAACUUUAGACAGUGUUGUAAUUUAUAUUAUGCUUUCAUCAACUGUGUUAAUAAUAAGGUGAAUCAUACAUUCCAAAACCCACCAUCUGAAGUACAUCCCACGAACAGUCUCUUGCAGUGGAGAUGACAAAAAGUUGUUGUGUGGUUAUAGACUUUCUUUGAGGGAAUCUGGUAAGAUUGUACCCAUCACUUCAAGAAAUGGAGGCCAUGGCUCUAGAGACUUUCCUCUGCUCGGACACCAUGCCUGUUAGAUUUUGUCACAUUGACACAAAGUAGAAUCAUCACAAAGUGGAAGAGAGAAACUCAACUGAGGUAUUGUCUCCAUGAGAUUGACCUGGGUACAUCACUUGGGUAUUUUCUUGAUUGAUAAUUGAUGUGGGAAACCCCAGCCAUGAUGGAUGGUGCCACCCCUGGGCAGGUGGUCCUGGGUUGUGUAAGAAAGCAGGCUGAGCAAGCCAUGGGAAGCAAGCUAAUAAGCAGCACUCUCCACUGUUCCUGCUUCAGUUCCCAGCUCUGUGUUUCUGCUUUAACUUCCAUCCUGGUCAGUUCUUGUCACCUUGACCCUAGAUAGAGUUAUCUGGGAAAAGGAACCUCAAAUGAGAGAACGCCUCCAUCAGCAUGACCAUUCAACAAGGGGCCAUUUUCCUGACUCACAAUUGGUGUGGGAUGGACCAGUUCACUAUGUUUCGGCCAACUCUGAGUAGGCAGACCUGGGUGGUAUCUGAGAGCAAACUGAACAGGUUUGUGAGGACCCAGAGGUGAUCCUGGAAGAAGAACACUUAGCACCAUGUCCCUGAAAUGCCUUUUGCCAAGAUAAGGAGGUAAGGAGCAAGGUGUUAGGAUGGGGUCUUCCGACAAGGCCUGCAUUGCUAAUGGAGUCUAACCUAAAGACUCUCGCUCUGUGUAGUACUUAGGUGCAAUACAGGGGCCUUUGGAGAGGACAGUACUCCUUAGCCAGCCGGCCACCCCUGGACCUCAGAAGCAUCGUGGAGGUAAGUGGUGGAAGGGAGAGAAGAGAGCGGAGAGAGAUGGGAGAGGGAAGAGUAGAGGAAGAGGGGGAGACUCUGCCUACAGUUUCCUAGUAAGGUACCACGGGGCGGGGCGGGGGGUCAGACCCACACAGCUUUCUAGGGGAGAGACACUGCCUGUCUAGUCAGUCUGUGAUGGGCCGUUUGGUCUUGUGUUAAGUUUGUUAGUUCCUCACAUUAUGGUGCACACAUUGCUUCCUGUGCUUUAUUCCGUCUCUCAGCAACCUGCUCUGCCGCCCUAGUGCAACUGGGGUGUGGGUGAUAGGAGCUGGAAUGUGGGCAACGCAGACUACGCUCCCCUUGCAUUUCAGUUAUCAAAGAUUCAUACCUUUAAAUAAUUUAUAGAUCUGGCAUGAGCCAUCAUUUACUGUGUAUAGUAGGUGCUGAACACAUUCUUAAAUGCAAAGGGACUUAUAAAAAUAAUGAUACAGAGUGCCUUGUAUUUCAGGUUGAAUUGUAUUCACCAAAAAGAGAUGUUGAAAAAUCAAACCCCAGUACCACUAAAUGUCACUUUGUUUUGAAAUAGCCUUUGAAAACGCAUUUAAGUUUCAGUGAGGUCAUUAGAGAGGGCCUGAAGCUGAUGUAAGUAAGUAUCCUUAUAAGAGGAGAAACAUUACUGCACACAAACACACAUCACACAAACACACACACACUAUACACACCCCCAUACCCACACACUCUCUCUCCCCCUCUCUCUUACACACACACACACACACACACACACACACACACACCAUAAACCUCCACCUCUCUCCCUCUCUCUCUCUCACACUCACACACACACAAACACACACACACACACACACACACACACACACACACACACACACACACGCAAACACACACACACACACACACACACACACACACACAGACUGAGAUAAAGAGAGCAUGUGUGAGGAUAACUGGAGAGUGAAGUUGCCAGCUGGCGAGUACCAAGACUGACAGCAACCCUGCAAUGGGAGAAAGGAAGCAAGAAAGGAUUCUCCCUACAGGUUUCUGAGGAACGUGAGCCUGCUGAUACCUUGACUUUGGACUUGAAGCCUCCAGACUAAGGCAAUAAUCUCUUGCUGUCUUAGGUGCUCAGUUUGAGGCACUCUGUUAGGAUAGAUGCAGGAAAAGUGCAGCUUUUUCCUGGGACACCAAGGUUUACUGAGCACCAUGGUGCUCCCUGCUGGACAUUGAGUUAUUUCUAGGGAUGCAUUGCAAAUGCAGUGUGACUCCUUCCCUGGGGAUCAGCGACACUGUGAGGUGUGGAUGAUUUGGCAGAGCUGGCCUUGGUAGGAGGAGUGCGGAAGAGACAGCCUGGUUCCCUGGAGUUUUGUAGCGUACUCUAAAAUAACGUUUGAAUUAUAUGUUUCUUCCCAGGGAUGCAGGGUGUUUAAAAAGAGGUAGAGUUAGAACCCAAAAACCUGACAAGAGGCAGUUAUGCAAACUGCAGUUUUCAGCUUCUGUGCUUAUGAAUGCAGCAUUUUUACAGGCAGGAGAGGCUGAGAGCCAUAAACCAGUUUCGUUUGUGGUACUUUGCAAUCUCUUGUAGCUUCCGCGUUCUCCAGUUGCUGUGUAGUUUGAAAUCUGUGUACUUUGUUGAUAAUCACUCUUGAGUUUUGCAUAAUGGCUUUGUGAUAUAGGUUGUGCAUUUCAAAUAUGUGGUGUGUUUGAUCUCAGGAGCGCAUUAGCAGUACCCAGCAAAUCUGGAGUGUCUGUAUUAAAAGUUAAGCUAAAGGCAAGAGUACCUCCCCCCAAUAAAGGCCUUUGUUUCUUUCUACCUCUUAUCAUGUGUAACUAGAAAGAGUUUUAAAAGUAGCUGAACUGAGUGAGGUGGGAGAGAUUCAUUUUUUAACCUCCCGGUGAGCUGUGACAGGAAGGUCACAAUGAGUAAGUCUUCCUGUCAUGUGUUCCCCAUAUCUAAUCCUAAUACCUGCCAUAGGGGCCUAUAAACCAAUCACCGUUUCCCUGGUGGGUCGUAUCAGUUAAGCCAAAGCUUGUCAGCAUUUCUUUCCUAAUUUUAAGCAAAUGUAUUAAAUUAUGAGUCCUGAAAAAUUAGGAGCGACGUGAACUCAUUUCCUGUCUCUUUCACUGAGUAAAUUAAAAUUUACUAGAGAUAAAACUAACAGCAGGCCAAAAGGUCCUCUUCCCUUUGGAACUGUGAUGACUUCAGUAGAAGGCUUUCACUCAAAACAAUGACAAAAAGCUGGUUUUUGCCAACGAGGCACUGAUUUGUCUCCUUUCUAGCAUAACAAAAGAAAUGAAGUCGAUUUAUGAGGCUCUUCCGCAGGACACAGGUUUGAUUCUCACCCCUCCAGAGCAUGGCCUACCGAGCACCCACCUGAAGGAGAUCCUGGCCUGCUCAUCUCUCCCUUUUGUGUGGAUAAAUCUGGAUGACCCCAAGGACUGUGCUGUUUGCUGAUGCAGUCUGCCUCUCUUUGGAGUUAUGGGGCCAGAGACUCACACAGCCAGCUAAGCAGGACCCUGACUGAGUGAGGUGUCUGUCUUUCCUUCUCAAGAGUUCUUUCCAUUCCAUUCUGAGCUUCACGGUCAUCUUUCAUAAACACCAGCAGUCUUCCUGUGUGUACACCAAUCCUCUGGCUUUCCUCUGGAGAGGUUAAUUUCUGCUUUUCCAAAGAAUGCAAAGCAACAUGUGUACAGUGGAUAGCCUCUUUAACUAUUCUAGUUCCUUUCUUAGCUCUGUGUCUGUCUUCCAGACCUGUGCACAGGGAUGACCUUUAUCUUAGCAUACAUAGCCUUUUCUUAUUGAAAAAGUGUGUCACCACAGUGGGGACCUGGUCAUGGUGGGCACAUGUCAGAUCAAAAAGGGUAUGGCUAGUCACUAAGACACAGCAGAUGGGCAGCAGGGUAGACAUCCAGGAGAAGGCAGUGGGUGGAGACUCCUCGCAGAGAGGAGCCUGCUGCUGGGAUUAACUUCAUUCUGCCGACAGGAAAGGGUUCCAUGCUGACAGGAUGGCACAGGAAGAAAGCAGGUAGUUCUUUAAUUUAGGCACAGGCUUGUGUGUGAUACUGAGUAUGGUUUUCUUUCCGUUAGACUGUCACCUGGGUGUCCUUAUUGGAUCUUGCCAGCUCCCACUCUCACAACGUAAGCCAUCCUUCUGCAGCUCCCCCCUACCCUACCACCUACUCACCUUUAGGAGAUUUAUUACCGCAGUCAAAGAAAGCGCGGGGUGAUCAUCACUUAUCAAUCAGAGGGACUGUGGCUGCAAGCUAAGUAGCCCGACAAAGACAACACAGCUCUGCGCGGAUUAAUGUCUGCUGCAGUGGAAAUAACAAAGACACCAACUGUCAUUGUAUCACUCAUUAAGUAUCAGCACGUGACAGGGCUCGAGGCAUUGUAUGUGACAGGCAGUGUGACAAACAACGAUUAAGGUAUGACUUGGCAAGUUUCAGCAGGAGAUGCUAUUGCAUUACCGUCUGCUGGAAAACGUGCCCAGCCUCCUGCCUGCCAACAAGAAAAUGCAUGGCAUUACGAGAAGGUGACCUCCUCCAUCUCUACCUCUGCUUGUGUCUGCACCGCCGCUUCGGAGACGGAGUGGCUUGGUGGUGAACAAUGUGGAGGGCCCUUACACAAACGCAUGAAUGAAGACUGGGAAAAAGUAGGAAAUGGAACCUGAGUGGGGCGUGUCUGGCUGCUCAGCCGGCAGACACUCAUGAGAGUGAGAGUCACUGUCAGAAACUUUAUCACCACGGCCAAGGACCCUCCUCUCUCACCUGCCUGUUCGCUCUCACUCAGCCCUCUCUUCCCCACCAAUCCUCUCAGAAGAAGCUGAGUCCAGUUGAAGGGUCCAGGAAUAUAGAAAUAUAAAGUUAUAAGCUUAAGAGAUACAAACUGACAGUCAUCAGCUCUAAAGGUUAGCUGCUAACGAUGGCUGUCUGCUUACAGCCAGCUCCUCUGUCAACAGCCAGGGGUUAACUUUUAACCCCCUUGCUCCUUAUAGCCAACAACUGCCUGGACCAAAGUUAACUUUUAAUAGUUGUUUCUACAUGACUUCUAGCAUGCAUCCUGUGCCUGAUACUACAAAAGGGGGCCAGUACCCCCUCCAUUGCCACAGCCUCAGAAUUACAACAGGGGCUGUGGUCUCAGCUAGCUGAUAAGCUUUUGUGCUCCACGGUGGUUUUUUUUUUUU